AUGUUGUGUCAUUUAGUUAAAUGAAAACUAGUUAUAGGUGCUCCUUUUACAUUCGGCAUCCUAUAUGCUUGUGUCCUUAUUCUCUAAGCGUUUGCCUUUGAUAUGCAUUUAAUAGGUUUAGAAAAAAUCUGUGAUAUUGUUACAAUGUGCCAAAUAACUUAAACAUAACCUGGUCAUUAAAUGGUCAAAGAAAUGUUCAGAACUGAACUGGUUGUGAUGGUUUACGAGGACAAACAUAUUGUACAGCUCUCCUACAGCUGACGGAUGCAAACUUGUCAGACUCAUACUUUUACUACGUGCCCAACCCUUCCAUUUCGAAAAAACAACAUUUAAGUUUGUUCCCCCACCUCAGUGACUCAUUGUCAGUUUAAUUAAAGUAACAAAAGGUGCGAAGCCCAAACACAGUUUGUUUUCCGCGCACAUGUCACGUAAUUUUAAAACCCGUCACGUGACUAAUAAGUGUUAGUUACAGGUAGUACCAACACUUUAAGAGAAUUUUGUGAAUCUUUUACUGUCAUUCCCUGUGUGUGUGUGUGUGUGUGUGUGUGUGUGUGUGUGUGUGUGUGUGUGUGUGUGUGUGUGUGUGUUGUAAUCACUGGGGGACCCAGGAUAAGAGCGCCGCUAUCUUGACGGCAGGGUUGCGCGUCUGUGCCGCCGCCUCGCGGGGACUUCCUCUUUUCCUCCGAGGACGCAGCGUCACGCCCACCGCCGCGUCUGGCUGCGUCUCUGCGCACACACGAAACCAGCAGAGCCCGGAGAUCGCGAAACAUGGCGAGGUUAAGCGAGCAUGGGAUCCGCCUGAGUUCCAUGAGCCCGUCCUUCCUGAACAGCAACUCCACCAGUCACACCGGGCCCUUCAGCGCGGUGGCAGAGCUCAUAGACAAUGCAUCAGAUCCUGGGGUAUCGGCCAAGCAGAUCUGGAUCGAUGUCACCGAUGAAGCAGGUCACCCCUGCCUCACGUUCACCGACAACGGCAGCGGCAUGACUCCCAACAAGCUCCACAAGAUGCUCAGUUUCGGCUUCACGGAGAAGGGCUCGGCCAGGGCCAGCCAGCAGGCCAUCGGCGUGUACGGCAACGGCUUCAAGUCCGGCUCCAUGCGUCUGGGUCGGGACGCGCUCAUCUUCACCAAGAACGGCGGCUGCCAGACCGUGGGCAUGUUGUCUCAGACCUACCUGGAAAACAUCAAGGCGCAGGCGGUCAUCGUCCCCAUCGUCCCCUUCAGCCAGCAAACCAAGUCCCUGGUGGUGACGGAGGACUCAGAGGCCAGCCUGGCAGCCAUCCUCCAGCACUCCAUCAUCAGCACCCGGGAGCAGAUACACGCACACUUUGACUCCAUUCCAUCCAAGAAAGGCACCAAGAUACUGAUCUGGAACAUCCGCAGGGCCAAAGACGCCAAGACGGAAAUUGACUUUGAGACCGAUGUCAGUGAUUUUCGUUUGCCCAAGAUUCAGAUUGAGGAGCUGAAGAAGGGCCUGAGGAGCGGCGGGUCCGCGAGGGCUGAGCAGAGCAUUCCGGACCUGCACUACAGCCUCCGGGCCUACCUCAGUAUUCUGUAUAUGAAGCCGAGGACGCAGAUCAUCCUGAGGGGGACGAAGGUUCUGGCCAAGCUGGUGUCCAGGAGGCUGUCGCACACGGAGCACGACGUGUACAAGCCCCACUUCAGUAAAGAGAAGGUGAAGGUGACCUUUGGCCUCAACCCGAACAAAGACCACUACGGCAUCAUGAUGUACCACAAGAACCGGCUCAUCAAAGCCUACGAGAAAGUGGGCUGUCAGCUGAAGACCUCGGGCCAACGAGCGGGAGUCGGCGUCGUCGGCAUCAUCGAGUGCAACUUCCUGAAACCGGCUCACAACAAGCAGGACUUCGAGUACACCAAAGAGUACAGACUCACUUUGGGAGCGCUGGGCCUCAAACUGAACGACUACUGGAAGGAAGUGACGGAGAAGAUGGCCAGAGAGCGAGAGCUUCAGUCUUUGGACCGACUUAAGAACGCUGACGAGAGUCCCAUGUGGGUGCAGUGCGAGGAGUGCCUGAAGUGGCGGAGCGUCCCUGCACACCAUUACAGCGCCGUUCCUGAAAGCUGGAGCUGCAGCCAGAACCCCAAUCCACGCUACAGGAGCUGCUCUUCACCAGAGGAAGAGGAGGAGAGCGAGGAGCAGUUAGCGCCCAGCUACCAGAAAAACCACAGGAAGCAAGAGCACCCCAGAAAUAGGAAGCGAGAGGCAGCGUUGGAGACGUGUGAGUCCCUGGAGUCGAGCGGGCAUCAGACCCUGUCCCGGAGUUGGUCAGAGCCCGGACGGCUCGCGCUCCGGCCCACGCGCUCACCUGACCACUCGGCAGCAGGGGAUGAGGGGCGGGCGGGGGGGGGGGGAGCCUGAGCAGAACCAGGCGGACGCACAGGUCCAGACCGAGCUCAAAGCCGAGGGCCGCCUGCAGCGGGAGGAGGAGGAGGGUCCAGCUUCACAGGGUGAAGAGGCCGAGAACGCGGAGCCGCUG